ACUGAACUGUUGAUGAGAGAGAACUCAACCUGCAAGUUCCCCAUCCAAGACCUAACCCAAGUGUUUGCUGGACAGUACCAGGCAGGUAGUGACCUGAGAAUUCGGUGCCUGAUUCCUGAGCAUUGCUCCACCAUGCAACUGCUAAUGAAGUUCCGGGUCCUGUGGGGCAUCCACAAAUUCUGCCAUGGUUUUCACCCUGCCCCUCUGCACCUGCGCUACCAGUCUUUAUCAGGAGCUGGAGCCCCAAGAUGGAAUGACUAUGAUACACCUGAGGAAUUUAACUUUGCAAGUGAUGUACUGGACUACUGGACUCAAAUGGAGAAGGAAGGCAAGAGAGGUCCAAACCCAGCCCUGUGGUGGGUGAAUGAUCAAGGGGAUGAAGUGAAGUGGAGUUUCAGAGAGGUGACAGACCUAACUCGUCGUGCAGCCAACAUCUUCACCCAGACCUGUGGCCUCCAGGAAGGAGACCGCCUAGCCUUGAUUCUGCCCCGAGUGCCUGAGUGGUGGCUGGUGACUGUGGGCUGCAUCCGAACAGGGAUCAUCUUCAUGCCAGGGACAACCCAGAUGAAGGCCAACGACAUUCUCUACCGACUCCAAGUGUCUAAAGCCAAGGGCAUCGUGACCACAGAUACUCUUGCCCCAGUGGUGGAUUCUGUGGCUUCAGAGUGUCCUGCUCUGCAAACCAAGCUCCUGGUAUCUGACCACAGCCAUAAAGGGUGGCUGGACUUCCGAUCACUGAUUAAUUCAGCAUCCCCAAAUCACACCUGUAUUAAGUCAAAGACCCUGGACCCAAUGGUCAUCUUAUUCACCAGUGGGACCACAGGCUUCCCGAAGAUGGCAAAGCACAGCCAUGGACUUGCAUUGCGAUCCUUGUUCCCUUCAUGCAGGAAAUUACUGCAGCUGAACACAACUGAUAUCUUCUGGUGCCUGUCAGACACAGGAUGGGUUGUGGCUCUCCUGGGGUCCCUGCUUGAACCAUGGACAGCAGGGUCUACAGUCUUUGUCCACCAUCUGCCCCAGUUUGACCCCAAGGUCAUUGUGCAGACAUUCUUCAAAUACCCUAUCACCCAAUGCCUUGCUGUACCCUCUGUAUUUCGAACGAUUCUGCAACAAAAUUUCACCAGUCUCAGGUUCCCCACUCUGCAGCACUGCCUCACUGGUGGGGAGGCCCUGAAGCCCGAGGAUCAAGAACAGUGGAGAAAACAGGCAGGGAUUCUGCUCCAUGAAGGCUACGGACAGUCAGAAACAGGAGUAACUUGUGGCACUCUCCGGGGGAUGAAGAUCAAGCCGGGUUCCAUGGGGAAGGCCAUCCCACCCUAUGACAUUCAGAUCAUUGAUGACAAGGGCAACAUCCUGCCACCCAACACUGAAGGAAACAUUGGCAUCAGGAUCAAACCCAGCAGGCCCAUAGGCCUCUUCUUGUGCUAUGAGAAUAACCCAGUGAAGACAGCUGAAGUGGAGUGUGGGGACUUUUACAACACAGGAGACAGAGCAACUAUUGAUGAAGAAGGCUACAUCUGGUUCCUGGGGAGGGCUGAUGAUGUCAUCAAUGCAUCCGGGUACCGCAUUGGGCCGACGGAAGUGGAGAAUGCGCUGGCCGAGCACCCAGCAGUGGCUGAGUCAGCUGUGGUGAGCAGCCCGGACCCGAUUCGAGGGGAGGUAGUGAAAGCAUUUAUUGUCCUGACCCCAGAAUUUCUGUCCCAUGAUCGGAACCAGCUCACCAAGGAGCUACAGCAGCAUGUAAAGUCAGUGACAGCCCCAUACAAGUACCCAAGGAAGGUGGAGUUUGUCUCAGAGCUGCCCAAAACCAUCACUGGCAAGAUCAAAAGAAGUGAGCUUCGGAAGAAGGAGUUUGCUCAGGUGUAAUUGGUAAUAAAUGCAGAAGCCACUGUGUAUCCUGGCCAAAUCCCUUGCUGCUUCAGUUUCCUCACAAUGGUGAUGGUGAGGAGAGGAACGUUGAGAGAGGUGUCUUUGAAGAGAACCAGGAGUGCCAACAGUCCAGGAUUUUUGUUCUUUUACAUUAAUAUCAGUCACUAUCCUUCCUCCAUGUUUUCUGAUCCUUUCAGAUUGUCCGGGUGAGCACCCAGAAGGAAAUAAAAUACUGACUCAGAAUCAA